AUGAAUCACGCCAGAGUCAAGGCCCUCAAGGGCAACAAGACCGUCUCUCGCAAGGCCGUUAAAUCAGGACGUGCCUCGGGCGCGGUAACGCCGCAAGGGACAAGCUCCCCGAUCGCGUCGCUGCUGACCUCGCCCACCCACUCGACCACCCACAGCCGGCCCGCAUCUGACUCCGACUCUGACGGCAGUGACUUUGAUCUCGACGACAUGAUGUCUAGCAUUCACUCAGCCGACUCUCUCGAGACUCCCGCAGACGAUGGCGCAUCCGGACCAGGCCUCGACACAGACGCUCUCAUCCAGGCCAUUCAAGACCGCAAGCACAACAAUACCGAGCUCCGCGAGCAGUACCUUGACGCCUUUAUCCGCUUCAUUCGCACCCGCUACUCCGAAGAUACACAUCUCUGGCUCGACGACGCCGCCACAUCGCUGACCGACGCCUUCCUUAAGGGCGCCAACCGCGGCGACUCACCCCGCGAGCGCUUGCUAAGCCUGCAGGCCUUUUGCCUCACGCUCGGCACCGUCGAUGACAUGGACAUCUAUGAAGGUGCUGCCCGCGCCCUCAAGCAAAUUCUCCUCGACGACGACGACAAUACCUGUCGCCAGUGGGCCCUCUACGGCCUCGCCAUGAGUGUGCUUUAUGGUGGCGGCGUCGAGGAGGCUGCCCUCGAGACUAUGGAGUACCUCGUCGACAUUGUGCAGAGCGACGGCGAGAGCAUCGACGCUCACGACAACGCCACCAUUGUAUCCACCGCGCUGGUUACAUGGGGUUUCGUCGCCGCCCACGUCGACGACUAUUCAGACUAUGCCGAUACCGCCAUCGACGCCUUCACCGACCAGCUCGACAGUGCCGACAUCGACGUGCAGUCCGCCGCCGCCAUGUGCAUCGCCCUGAUAUACGAGUCAUCGCGCAAUCACGAGGCCGAAACAGGCACGCCCUUUCCUCUCCCCUACGAUCCUCAGCGCCUCGUCGGCCGCAUUGCCGAGCUCGCCAGGCUCAGUGCCAAAUCCGCCUCGCGCCGCUCACGUCGCGAGCUCCGCGAGGCGCUCACCAGCGUCGCCACCUCGCUCGAGCGCCGCGUCGGUCCCUUCUACUCCACCGCCCUCUACAUGCCCGAGAAGGAUGAGCGCGUCCCUGUCGGCCAGCGCACAGACGACGGCCGCGCCGAGUACGGAUAUCGCUGUAAGCUGCGUCUGCAAAACCGGGUCGCCAAGGUCGAUACCUGGUCCCUGUACUUUCGCGUCACCCUCAUGAAGACGCUGUUUCGCGGUGGCCUCGACAAGCACAUGUUUAUCAACCCCGUCGUGUCCGAGUGUCUCGAGGAUGCCAACUUUGCGCAAGAUUACACGGCCGAUGAUGCGAAAAAGGCUCGCAAGAAGAAGGAUUGA